CCUCUGGCCGGACGAGAUGCUCCCGUGGGCGACGGCGGCGGAGGCGGAGGCGGCGCUGGGGCGCGCCAUGACGUCCGCGGAGGCGCUGUGGUUCCGGCUCACGGCGGCCACGCCCGACUACUACCUCUACUGCCUCAACAUCCUCUUCCUCCUCGUCGUCUUCACCCUCGCGCCGCUCCCCGUCGCGCUCCUCGAGCUCCGCGCGCCGCGGGCCGUGCAGCCCUACAAGCUGCAGCCGCGGGUGCGCCUCACGCGCGCCGAGUUCCUCAGGUGCUACCGCGACGUCAUGCGCAUCUUCUUCCUCGUCAUCGGCCCGCUCCAGCUCAUGUCCUACCCCGCCGUCAAGAUGGUGGGAAUCCACACGGGGCUGCCGCUGCCGUCGCUGGGGGAGAUUGGCGCGCAGCUGCUGGUCUACUUCCUGGUGGAGGACUACCUCAACUACUGGCUGCAUCGGCUGCUGCACGGGGAGUGGGGCUACCAGAAGAUCCACCGCAUCCACCACGAGUACACGGCGCCCAUCGGCUUCGCGGCGCCGUACGCGCAUUGGGCGGAGGUGCUCAUACUCGGCAUCCCCUCCUUUACUGGCCCGGCCAUUGCGCCAGGCCACAUGAUUACACUCUGGCUCUGGAUUAUGCUUCGUCAGAUGGAGGCCAUCGAGACGCAUAGUGGCUUUGAUUUUCCAUUCAGCCUGACAAAGUAUAUUCCGUUCUAUGGAGGAGCAGAAUACCAUGAUUAUCAUCACUAUGUUGGAGGCCAAAGCCAGAGCAAUUUUGCUUCUGUUUUCACGUAUUGCGAUUACCUAUAUGGGACUGACAGGGGUUACAGAUUCCAUAAGGCUUACCUAGCAAAGUUGAAGGACCUGGCGCCAAGCGAUGGUGAGAAAGAAGAUGCCAACGGGUUCAGUUACACGAAGUUCGAUUAGAUGGUGCUGUCGAAUCAAAUCUGGAAUAGAUGGUGGCCUAAUACUGUGUGCCGCCCUGGUGAUCUUGUUCAGUUAUGGCAUUGUCAAAUAGGUCUGUUGAGUUAGGUAUUUGUAGUGUUCUAAUUUGUCUUGUGUUAUUAUUUUUUGUUUUUCUGCCAGUGUUUGUGAAACAUCUCUGGAACUUGUUAUGCUGAUAAAUAAUAUUUUCCAGAUAAGCUUAAGCGAGCUGGCUAUCUGCUAUGCUCUGGCUUUCAAUAAUAGAAAGUGUCACAGUGAGCUAUCAUGUUCA